AGCAAUGUUCUGUAGCACUGCAUAUAUGCUUACCUUGGGUCAAAACAAUGGUAUGACCGACUCGACAAUAUGCGGCUGUCCGUUGCUAUUGUCGAUAAUGGCACGUGACAGGUGGCUGGGUGUUCCAUUUUUUUGGGCGGCCAGCUUCAACGCGUCGCCAAAUAUCUUCGAGGCGCAUCUUGACCUUUCGACCUCUGUCCAGCUUCGCAAUCUGCACCCACUACAUUUCUCACCGUCGCACAUCUUCUGCCGAUCAAUCUAUACCUCAGAUAGCUCCAUAUGCAUUCUCUCUAAUAUCGAAUCCCUCCCCACGCAGAGUCUGCGACCGCGACAAUAGCCAGGCUCAGGUCCAGGUCCAUCUUCAUCCCCAUCAACAAACUCCGAAAACAUGGCAUAUCCUCCAGCUACUCCCCAAAGGCCUCUGCCAGGCGCAUACUUUGCUACUCCUGCAGCUUCGAGAUUUCCUCCGGGCCCCCAGAUUCGCCAACCGCUCUUCUCCCAGAGCGGGCGCCCACCACCUGCAGGUCCCAGCCCGAACGAUGGCAAACCCAAUCCUCAAUCGCGCGAAGAACCCGCUCCAACCGCCAUCUCUCCAGUCUCGAGAGCUGCUGGAACCAUAUCCGACGUGCUGCGGAGAGAAGCCCAUUUUCCUGAGAUAGACAGCUACAUUAGACAGGGUAUUUCUUCCGACUAUGACAUUCCCCAUCAUACAGCAGAGGCAGCUUGGGCGCCGUUCCAGAGAACAAAGAUGUACGACAUACCCGACCGAAUCCUCGACCAAUACAACCGCGCUGAGGUCCAGACGAUGAUGGGUCUCUUCGCAGAGUUGAACCACGCCUGGGUAACGAUUGACAAUGCGCUAUACUUAUGGGACUACACCGAUCCCAAUCCUGAGGUCAUUGGGUAUGAGGAGCAAGCGUAUGGAAUCACAGCUGUCAAGUUGGUGAAGCCAAAGGCCGGCGUUUUCCUUGAGGAUAUCACACAUCUACUGGUCGUGGCUACAACUGCGGAGAUGAUUCUUCUUGGUGUUGCUUCGAAGCUGGAAGCAACGUCCUUGACCUCGAAGUUGGAAAAUACUGGCGUAAGGACGGUAUCCUUGUACCAGACAAAGAUGUCGAUAUCGACGAGGGGCAUCAACGUUCAGGUCAUUGAGGGAUCAAAUGCGACUGGACGUAUCUUCUUCUCUGGUAAGCAGAAUGAGGUAUAUGAGUUCACAUACCAGUCACAGGAGCAAUGGUUUGCAGGAAACACAGGGAAGCUCAAUCACACGAAUCCUGGAUACAUGGCUAUGCUUCCCUGGGGCACGAAAUCUCAGGAAUAUGUGGUUCAGAUGGUUGUGGACGACUCGAGAGCUCUCCUCUACACACUGUCUUCCGAAUCUACGAUCCGCAUUUUCCACAUGGAUAGUGCAGUCACACUCACACAGGCGAUCGAGAAGAGACGGCAAGAAUGCUUACGAGAUAUCAGUCAUAUGGUAUCACAAUCUGGACUUAUCACGAACUCCAUGAAGAUUGUUUCGAUCAGCCCCAUAUCUGCAAGGGAGGGCUCGAAGCUUCAUCUCAUGGCUACAACACAAACUGGCUGCCGACUCUUUAUCAGCGCAACCCGUGGUUAUGGAUACGCAACGACACAAGCUGCACCUCAAAGCUUGCUAGUCGCGUACAUCAAGUUUCCCCCUCGAAUCUCCGGUCCUACAAGUUCGCAGUCAUAUGCUGGUGGAUCUGAUCUUGCCCCGGAAACCUCUUCUCCCGCGCUCUCAUAUACAACACGAGGUCUUCGCUUUCCACCUGGCCUGUUUUUCUGCUUCGUUAGCAAGCAUGACGUCAAUGAUGUUGAAUCUCUCUUCCUUUCUGCUCCAGACACUGGCCGCAUAAGUUUGCAGGCUCGAAUGUCGAACGAGGCUGGAAAGUAUUAUGAGACAGCAUGCUGGCUCAAUCUGCAAAGUCACAUGGAGGAUGUCGGCCUUGUCACCCCAGCAUUCGCUGCAGGCGACUCGCCAAUAGGCUUUGGGAACGAGCUUGCGGUCCAGUUUGAUCAAGUUCCCCAAGAAAUUGCCAUUCUGACCAAUACCGGCAUUCACAUCAUCCGCCGCCGACGACUUGUUGACAUCUUCGCAGCCGCAAUUAGAAGUCAAGGUAGCGAUGAAGGUCUAGAGUUGGAGAUCAAGAAGUUCAUCCGGAAUUAUGGACGAGCCGAAACAACUGCAACGGCUCUAGCAGUUGCGUGUGGACAAGGAAACGAUAUCACCCCCGGCGACACGAGAAUCGCCCGACUCAGCAACCCUGAAACAUUGGAACAGGCUCGGAAGUGCUUCGUUGAGUUUGGUGGCCGGCCUUCCCUGAACGAGAACAUGGUUUCAGAAGGAUCAUCACAGGCAGUCGAUAAUGUUCGACCUUCUUCACGACACGAGGGUCUGGCACUGUACAUGGCUAGACUCGUUCGGUCCGUGUGGAAGGCACCUGUCAUCGCACAGCAGUUGCCAACUGUGAAGGGCGGAGCUGCUGUGAUCAAGCGCACGGUUCAUUCGUCCAAGCUCGUCAGCAUCCAAGAAGAUUUGACGAAGCUCGCAGAGUUUCUGGAAAAGAAUAAGUCAUUUAUUGAAGGACUGGCUGGUCCAGAGGGGUUACGGCGAGCGACAAGCCAGGCAGAAGAAAUUGCGCUCCAAGGCGAGCACCAAGCUCUGCACUCCCUUCAGAAGCUUAACGAGAGUAUUAUCGAAGGAAUUUCUUUUGUUGAGAUGCUGUUCGACGAGCGAGUUGACGAAAUUUGGUCUCAGCUGGAUCCUCUCGUCCAGCAGCAGCUUCGCGAUUUGACGUACGAGAGCCUCUUCGCAUCUGCAGGAGGCAAAAACCUUGCUAGAAUCUUGGUCAAGGCAAUUGUUACCCGAAACAUCGCCAAUGGAUCGAAUGUUGAUACCGUUGCCGAAGCGUUAAGGCGUCGAUGUGGUAGCUUCUGCAGUGCUGAUGAUGUGAUCAUCUUCAAGGCACAAGAGAACCUGAAGAAGGCUGCGGGCGUAGGUGCCAAUAGUGACAUGGGUCGAAAGCUCUUGAACGAGAGUCUCAAGCUCUUCCAGCAAGUGGCUGGUGAAUUAUCAAUCAAGAAUUUGACGGACGCGGCGGAACAGUUCACCAACCUUCAAUUCUACGCUGGGGCAAUCAGUCUUGCUCUGUUGGUUGCCAAGGAGUCAGAUCGAGGAAAUAGAGCUUUGGCAUGGGUCAAUGAGAAUAAGCCUGAGAAUGACGCACGACAACCUAUCUACAACCACCGAAAGGAGUGCUACGACCUUGUCCAUAAUAUCCUUCAGGUUGUGGAUGCUGAUACCAACUCUCAGCCAGAUAUGAUUGAUGGGCGGCUUACCCUCGCCGCCACCAAGCGCAACGAGGCACAUAGCGUUGUCAAUGACUCUGAGGACGAGCUAUUUCAAUUUGAUCUCUACGACUGGUAUCUGGCUCAAGGGUGGGAGAACAUGCUCCUCGCUGUCGACUCGCCAUAUGUUGUUCAGUACCUGCAGAAAUGUUCUCAGAUGGACGUUCCACAUGCUGAUUUGCUUUGGAGAUUCUACGUCCAUCACGAGAACUUCUACGACGCUGCGAAGGUGCAGUUUGAACUGGCGCAAAGCACACACGAAAUUCCUCUGGCGAAGAGAAUCGAAUACCUCAGCAGAGCAAAAGCAAAUGCUUCUGCACAUACUGUGGGCAUCGGGCGUGCGGCACGAACAGUCACAUUGUACGAAGUCACCGAGCUGCUCGACGUGGCCAACAUCCAACAAGAGCUUCUGCAUUGCGUUAAGGCCGAAACUCGUGGCGAUGCUGAGACCAAGGCCAAGCUUGUAGAAGAACUCGAUGGCCCGAUUCUAGAUAUCACCAAGUUGUACAAUGGAUAUGCCGAUGCCGCAAACUACUACGACAUCUGUCUUGAGAUCUACCAAGUCGCGAACCACCGCAACGAUGCUGACAUCCGUGCAACCUGGCAAUCCCUUAUUGACCAAGUGCAUGAGGUCGCCUCCGAACCAAGCUCCGAACAAACCCCUUACGAAGCAGUUGUCACCAAGGUCCGCGACAUGGCACAACGUCUCCAAACCUCCGAAACAACCUUCUCACCCUACAUGAUCAUCCCCCUUCUGGAAAUCUAUGGCGUCAACAAGCAAUUCCAAGUCGGUCCCCGCACCUGGCUCCCAGACCUCUUCAUUGACGUCGGGUUCCCUCCAGAAGCCAUUCUACAGGUCCUCAACGAGAUGUGGUCCAACACGACCCCUCCAUUCACCGGACCACGGAAGGCCAUCCUCGCCGGCCACAUGGUGUACGUAAUGGAGUACUGGUACCAGGAGUGCAUACGCACGAACAGUCCGCUGUACGGCAGCGCCUCCAAUGCCGAUGCCAUCAAGGAUCUUCUCAACGAAAUUCAGCGCGCUGGAGCUACUGGUCCGGAUAGACAGGAUUUGCAGAUGGCGUCGGAGCUGAUGAGGAAGAUUUCGAGGUCUUUUCGUUGAUUAGUACACUCGCUUGCUUGCUUGCAUGACCGGCAAAGAAAAAAGUGGAGAGCAUAGCGAAGAAAUGGGAUAGAUAUAUUUGCAUCGGGUGGCGUUUUUUUGUGCUCUGUUUUCUUGGAGGGGUAGGGUUGGAGCUGGUAUUCUGUUUAUUGCUCUAUUUUGACUGACUGGGUGGGGUUGGAGAUUGGAGAUUGGAGAAUCUACUCGCCCCAAUCCCGGAGAGGUGUGGAUUUUGAUAGGGUAUGUGAUGGAGGAGACGGGUGAAGAGAGGUGGUUGGAUGGGAAGGAGAGAGAUCUGUGUGAGAGAGAUACAAAAGUAGUGAGAAGAGAGAGAUUCUUGCACAUAUGUAUAUUAGAAUCCUAAAGGGGUGGGUGGAUUGAUGGAUGGUGAUUGAUACCAAUUUGACGAUAUACGCC